AUGAAAUGUAAGGGAUACAACUGGUUUGGGUAUACUUUAAAGGAUUGUAAAGGAAAGCAAGAGAUGCAGAUUUGGCAAGUUAAGAAGAAUGUUGAGGGGGAAGGAGGAAGAGAUAUGGGAAAAAAUGAUGCAGGUGGAAGUGGGCAUAUGGAAUGUAAAUCAAAAGGAAAAGGCAAAAUAGGUACAAAGGAUAACAAUAUGGAGGGCUGGGAUGCAAAUGGAAUGUUAAAAGAGAAGAAUAUUAUUAGAGUUAUAGUAGAUGGGAAGAGGACCAAGAGAGCAAUCUUAAAUGUACAGGAAGCUGUAGAAGGGAAUGUAACUGAUGAGUUGAGGUCUAAGGAUUGUUUUUUCACUUGGACUAACAACAAAGAUCAAGAGAGUAGAAUUUCGAGGAAACUAGAUAGAUGUCUAGUGAAUUUGACCUGGUCAGAGAAGUAUGCUCUUUUAGAGUUUGAAGCUCUACCUCCUGGUCUUUCUGAUCAUUCUCCUUUGAUUAUAGUACAAAGAUCAUGGCAUUUCGAAGUAAGUGGAUCUGCAAUGUUCAAAUUAUGGAGUAAGUUGAAGGAUCUUAAACAGAACUUGAGGAAGCCAAAUAAGAGAGAAUUUUUUGAUAUAUUUGAAAGAGUAUGUAAGUAUAUACAGAUGUUGGAAAGAGUACAAACGAGGCUGCAGGAGGAUCCUCUUAAUCAGAUUGUACUAGAUGAGGAAAGAGCUAUUGUUAAUCAGUUUUGGAGGCUUCUUAGGCAGGAAGAGGAUUUCUAUAAACAACAUUCAAGAGCUUAUUGGAUUAGGAUUAGUAACUCAAAUACUAAGUACUUCCACAACUUUGUGAAAAUUAGAAAUGUAAGAACUAAAAUUAUGAGCUUAAAGUUGCAUGAUGGGGAAAAUUUUGACCAAGGCAAAAUAAAUGCGGCAAUAGUUGAGUUUUACAAGACUUUGAUUGGGUCUAAUGAAUUCAGUAGGCAACAUGCUUGUACAGAGAUAAUAAAAAGUAGAGUGAUUGUGAGUGAGGAGGAGGCGGAUGAGUUAUGCUCUAUUGUCACAAAUAAAGAAAUUAAAGCUACAAUAUGGUGUAUAAGGGUGUGA